AUGUCGUCCGCUAUUACCUCCCAGCUAACCCGCAACGACGAAGACGGUGAUGCCAAGCCCAAUGCACCCGUCAAGACUGUCGACAAGGCUACUACCCACACCACCAAGCGCAAUGUCGAGCCUCAGGCUCCCGUGAGAGCUGCUGGUGCUACUGGCAACCGUCGUGGCGGCCCUGGUGGUAGCGAGGGUGCAUUCCGCGAUCGCAACGCUGGCAGCACUCGCAACCAGACUCGCUCCACCGAUGAGGCCCCCCGCGAGGGUGCCCGUGGUGGUGCUGCGGCCCGCGGACGUGGCGGCCGUGGCGGCCGUCGUCCCCGUGAACAGGAUGACCGUCACUCCCGUCAGGACCGAGACACCACUGCCAAGCAGACCGCUCAGGGCUGGGGCUCUACUGAGGGUAACGCCGAGCUGAAGGACGAGCAGGCCGGUGAGGCUAUUGCCGAGGGUGACAAGAACGUCGCCAUUGAUGCUGAAGCUGAGCCAGCGGAGCCGGAGGACAACAGCGUCUCGUACGCCGACUACCUCGCCCAGCAGGCUGAGAAGAAGCUCGCUCUUGGCGGCCACAAGGUCCGUGAGGCAAACGAGGGCAGCAAGCUCGACAAGAAGUGGGCUGGCGCCAAGGCUCUCGAAAAUGACGAGGAGGCAUAUGUCGCUGCUACUAGUGCUAAGAAGCAGCGUGAGCGUGAGCGUAAGGUCAAGCAGACUGUUGACUUUGACCCUCGCUUCGUCGAGGCCGAACGUCCCCGUGGCGGCGCCCGCGGUGGUGCCCGCGGUGGUCGUGGUGCUCGCGGUGGUGAUCGCGGUGACCGUGGUGACCGUGGUGAUCGCGCUGAUCGCGGCGAUCGUGGCGACCGUGGUGACCGUGGCGGUCGUGGUGACCGUGGCGGUCGUGGUGACCGCGGUGGUCGUGGCGACCGUGGUGGUCGUGGCGGCGAGCGUGGUGCCCGUGGCGGUCAUCCUGCUGCUGCUAACAUCAACACCAAGGACGAGUCUGCUUUCCCUAGCCUCGGCAAAUAA